GGCUGCUGCUAGUCAGAGGAGCUGAGAUUCAGGCGCUGCUAGGAGAGCAGAUUAUGAAGCGGUGCUCGACCAGCAGCAGUCUCCUCUCAUUGUCUCAAUGGCUGCACACGCGCUCCUCAUCUGUUCCCUCGCCUUGCUGUCCGCCCUCAGCCGGCCGGGGCUCACUUUCACCGAGGAAGAAUUCCAGCCGGGACUCAUCUAUGACGAAGUGCCUCUGAUCCUGGACAGAAGCAAAGAGAAUCCCCAUCAAGCAACAAAAGUCACGUCGCGUAAAGACGGAGAGUAUGGCCUGGAAAGUGAGGAGGUGUUUUUGACGCCCGAAGAUGAAAACCCACUCAGGAGAAUACUGCAGCCUUUCAAAUGGCAUCAGCCUGGGAUGUCUCUCAGUAAAAGGAAGCUGCUGCAGUCUCUGAUGGGGCCUUAUGGGCCGCUCAGUGUGUCUUACAAUGGGAAGACUUGCAUUCUGUUUAAGGCAAAACGGCUGGCAAUCCGGUACAGGAACCACACGUUCAUCGAUCUGACUGAGAGGGUCUUCAACCCCAGCUUACCUGUGGACACCAAGGGCUCAAUCUGCACAAAGGAUAAAGCUAUACUCUCAUUAAGGUUUGGUGAUGUUGAGGACUUACGAGGUCUAGUUAUCAGGCUUCAGAUGUCCAACACUUUUUAUGAGGCGGCUGGUCAAAACUGGUUCACACUCGAUAGCGUUCACAUCCAGUACAACUGGACGCAGGAGGCUACGUUCAACGCCAGUGAGGUCUACGCUCCUGCCACUUCAUCCUACCAUUGCCAGCACGUCAGCAGCCUGCACAAAUAUGACACCCUGCUAGUGCCCAGCUCCCACACUGACACAUCCGCUAACUGGCACAUAACUUUCACUGAUUUCCAGAUCCAGGCCUUCAACGUACAGUCGGAGAAGUUUGCGUCGGCCAGUGACUGUGCCACUUUCUUGACGCCAGCCAUCCUGAUGGGUCUGGUGACAUCGUUAAUCCUGCUCUUAGUCUUAGCCUAUGCCCUGCACAUGGUGGUACACCUCAAGCACAUUGACCGCUAUGAGGAGCACAAAGCCACUGUCUACUUCCCCCGUAGUCCCGAGGCAGAGUUACCGGACAAAAACAGCCUGUGAAGGAGAACGUUGAGACAGAGGAUGACCGGUGGGCGAGAUGGGGGAAGAGGAAGCUGAGAAUCAAGGCUGCAGGAGGGAAAAAAAGUAUCUUCAACGGAAUAUUUCAUCAACUUAAUGACAACUUUGCCUGUUCUUGUCAAAAGCUAAGUCUUAACUCUUUUCAGUAAAUGCAAAGUGUGGCCGGAUACUUUCUCUUCUCUCCUCAUUGACGGGCAUCUCCUGGGAAGUCCAAGCCUCUCCUAGAGAUGGCUCAUUGGCUUUAUAUCCAUGGCCCAGCGUCUGGCCCAGGGUGCUGAAGGGUAAUGAUUUACACAGGUCUUUGUCCCAGCUGGCCCUCAAAAGAAGCUCACAGUUGCAGCCAAUAACAGCUAACUCAGAUGCUCCAGCUUAAGUGUAUGUAUUACAUGGCUCCCAAGUGUCAUACUGCAAGCAACCAUCGCCAACAUUGUCCUUCCAGCCUUCAUUGCUGUAUACUUUGUCUAACACCGCUGCAAAAAUGGUAAACUUAGAACAGCCACUUUUAUAGCUGAGAUAGCCUUAUUAGCUGCAUGUCCAAAUAGGCUGGUGUUCAUGGGCUAGCACGGUGUUUCCUAAAAAAAUAAGAACACAGAUGGUCUCCUGCUCGAGUUUUAGCUUAAAAUAACAAGAUAUGGCACAACGUAAAAUGAUAUCGGGAAGACAUUUGGUGGAAUACGAAUGAAAUAUUAGGAACCACUGGCAUAACAUCUGGCUGGAGUGGAUGGACCAACUUCACUGGCCAGUCAGAGCCUCUGGCCUCUCUCACCCCACCCCUGAACGAGACUGCUGCUUGGAACUUAACUGUGAAAUGGUCUUCUACAGACCAGACAGGACUAAAGGGGAUUCAACAAACUAGCACAACAUUUGUUAGUAGCGGAAGCACUAACAACAGACUAUGAAAAGACUACACAAAGAACUAUGCUGCAAAAAGACGGCCCGUCUUAGGGCAUGGCAGUAAUGCAGGUUUCCAGGAUGCAACGGCUCAUUCGAGUCAAUUAUUUGAACAAAGGAGGCCAUUGGUCCUCAAUUGAGACUGCUCAAACUGACUGCCAAAGUGAAGCCACAAAUGAGUUGCCAUAACAUAUGGUCUGAAACAGAGUGAGACAACAUGAAAAUGAAAGGGAACCAUUAUAGCUAUGUAAAAAAAAAAAAAAAAAACAAAGAGAAAAAAAAUGCAUUCAUGUACAGAUGUGUCAUUCAGCAGAGGUCUUUUUUUAUAUUCAGUGUAAUCAUAAAAACUAUUAAGUUCAGUUUGACUAUGCUAAAACUCAUAACCAAAUGAUAUCCAGAGCUGUAAAUAUAGGAUCUCUCUAGGAUCAUAGCUGUUUACUAUCGUCAAAUACUGCACAACUAAUAAACACUACAAUUGUACAUUUGUUCUACUGAGAUUGGUAAACAUAUCAAUGCAUACGCUUUUUUUUUACGAGGGUGAAUAUGUUACAUUUUCUGUAUGUUUGUUUUAAGCUGGGCCAAGAUAAGGUUCGGUUUUACCUAACUGUAAAUUCUAAAGCAAGAUUCCUACCAUACACGGAUUGAAUGCCGUUUAGUCACUGGGACUUAUAGAUGCCAUUAUUACGCCAGAAGCCUCACUAGCAGCAGUUACAGAAUCAGUAAGUCAUUAUUACUGACAAAAAAAA